GCGCCGCCAAAGGCACGGGGGCGUUUUCGUGCGGGUUUGCGGAACGGUCCGUUGCGGUGGAUGCGUGAUAGCCGAGGUUCCGCGGCUAACAAUCGUCCCCCCUUUUCGGGGCCGGAGCCCGCGGCGCGGAGGAACAGCGAGAGGAGGGUGAUGUGCCAUCGGCCACUGGGGGGUCAUCCGUCCUCUCUGCAACCUGUUCAUCCAAUGAAGUUCAUGGGAUAGGAGUGUGUGUGCCCCUUUCCCAACACUGCAGCCCCACUGGAGUCACUUGUGCCAAAGCUGAGUUGUGUUGACGGAGCAGAGAUGGGCAGCCCGGGCAGCGAGGUGGGUCUAGCAGGGCCGGUGGAGCCGGCUCUGGAAGCCCUGUGUCCCGAGUGUGGCCAGAUCCACCGCAGCCGGGAGAACCACCUCUACAACUACCGCCUGGAAGUGGACGACGACCUGGUGUGCCACAUCUGCCUGCAGCCAUUGGUGCAGCCCCUCGACACGCCGUGCGGGCACACCUUCUGCGCCCGCUGCCUGCGCAGCUUCCUCCAGGAGAGGGACUUCUGUCCCCUGGACAGGACGCGGCUGCAGCUCCAGGCGUGUCGCAGAUCCAGCAUACUGGUUCACAAGCUGCUGGACAAGCUGUCCGUGUCCUGCCCUCUGACCCCAGUCUGCUCCCUCAGCAUGCCGCGCUGUGACCUGGAGGCACACCUCAAACACAGGUGUCCCGGGACGCGGUGUCAGCAGACCAUCGUGGACGGCCCGAGAUGCGACAGCGGGGACGAGCGAGCGAUGGUGACCAGCCCGCCCAGGUCACCGCGCUCGCCGCAGACGGACCUGAGAGACGGCACGCCCUCUCCACCCUCUGGACCCACGAACGCCUGCAGCAACGGGCCCGUGUGGACGGACGACGCCGGCCUAGACAACCCUGCCUUCGAGGAGAGCACGGAGGAAGACAGUGUGCUAGGGCUGGAGUGCGUGGUCCCCCGAGUGAAGAGGCCCCUCAGUAAUCCCUGCAUCCACCUCCUUCGCUCUGUCAGUUCCACCUCCUCUGGUUGGGACUGUCCCGAGUCCCCGCCUCUCUCUGCUGAGGAAGGCUGUGUGAAGUUGCCCUCGCUUCCUGAAGGAGAAAUAACUGCCAUAGAGGUCCACCGGGCCAACCCGUACGUAGAGCUGGGCAUCAGCAUCGUCGGGGGAAACGAGACGCCUCUCAUCAACAUCGUGAUUCAGGAGGUGUACAGGGACGGGGUCAUCGCGCGAGACGGGCGGCUGCUGGCCGGCGAUCAGAUACUACAGGUGAACAACGUGGACAUCAGUAAUGUGCCCCAUAGUUUUGCCCGUUCAACUCUGGGGCGCCCCUGCACCACCCUGCAGCUGACCGUGCUCAGGGAGCGUCGCUGUGCCUCGCGGGCGCCUCCCUCCUCGUCCUCCUCAACUCCAGCCGUGCCCCACGCUCCCUGCUCCACUCCCGAGGGCGCCCCGUCCAGCCCCGCCACGCUGAGAAUCACUCUGCACAAGCGAGACUCGACGGAGCAGCUCGGCAUCAAGCUGGUGCGGCGGACAGAUGAGUCAGGGGUGUUUGUGUUGGACCUAUUGGAAGGCGGCCUGGCGGCAAAGGAUGGCAGGCUGCGGAGUAAUGACCGCGUUUUGGCAGUCAAUGACCAGGACCUGCGCCACGGCACCCCAGAGCAGGCUGCGCAGAUUAUACAGGCCAGUGGAGAGCGAGUCCACCUGCUCAUUGGCCGACCCAGCAAGCCAACUCCACCCCCACCACCAAAAUCAAGCUCCACCAGAGACCUCUACUGCCUUGAUCACUUCCUGCCUAACCACAGCUCCACCCCGAGUCCUGUGCCCAUGCACCUAUCCCGCAGCAGCACCCACAGAGACCUUUCCCAGUGUGUAUCCUGUAAGGAGAAGCACAUCACUGUGAAGAAAGAACCCCACGAGUCUCUGGGCAUGACUGUUGCAGGAGGGAGGGGCAGCAAGAGCGGGGAGCUGCCAAUCUUCGUAACCAGCGUCCAACCACAUGGUUGCCUGUCGAGGGACGGACGAAUCAAGCGAGGCGACGUUCUGUUGAGUAUCAACGGGCAGGACUUAACAUACCUGAGCCACAGUGAGGCCGUGGGCACCUUGAAGGCGAGCGCCGCCUCGCCCUCAGUGCAGCUGCGGGUGCUGGAGGUCAGCAUGGUGGAGGAACAUGAACACGACGAGCUGCUGCCCCACACCCACGACAGUGACUUCGACGCCAACUGGUCCCCGUCGUGGGUCAUGUGGCUGGGCCUGCCCAGCUACCUGCACAGCAGUCAUGAGAUUGUGCUGCGGAGGAGCCACCCCGGCAGCUGGGGCUUUAGUAUCGUCGGGGGAUACGAGGAGAGCCACGGCAACCAGGCGUUCUUUAUCAAGACCAUAGUGCUUGGCACACCCGCGUACUACGACGGCCGCCUCAAGUGUGGCGAUAUGAUUGUUGCAGUCAACGGCCUUUCGACAGCAGGAAUGAGCCACUCCGCUCUGGUGCCCAUGCUGAAGGAGCAGCGCAGCCGGGUGGCGCUUACUGUGGUCUCCUGGCCCGGCAGCCUGGUAUAGCCGGGCCAGAUCCCCCGCAGGCUGCACACCCCGCUAAUUCCACCCCGAAUGUUCUAUAUUGGGAACGACCUUGGCCAAAGUGAACUGGUAGACGCUACUGUACAUCGCUCCAUACUGGGCUUAAUCCAGGACCAAAAGCAUUCAGAGCUGUAGGAGACCCAGCAGGACUAAGCCUGUGCUGACCAGGUGGGAACUGAUCCAGAUCGUGCCACGUCACCCGACAGACUGCACUCAAAACACACCGCUGUGUUCAUAUGGUCAUUUGGCUUCACUCCCGCUGGGAGAAUGGUACUGCAACUGUUAACAGGCGAUCUGUGCUGUAUUCAUCUCACCGGGCAGUUGUAGAAUCCAGGGCUGUAUUCAGGUGGAUGCAUCGCUGCAGUUAGAGAUAGAAUUUUAAAAUUGAAGUAGCCCGUGAUCGUCCCGUCAUCUACGAUAAUGACCUAUAAUCGCGAUUAUCAAGAUGUUCUGCAGCACCGGCGCUGGAUCCAGCUGAAUGAGCCUUAUUAGAAAACCUGCCUCACCCUGGGGGCUCGACUCCCCUUAGGCCUCAUCACCAUGGCAACCAGCUGCCCGUCAGCUGGAGUUUUAUACAUGUGUGAAUGUGUGUUUGUUUAAUAAACAUUUCCUUCAAAGGAUUAAUUUUUCAA